GAUUUUCCUUUCGCAAGACAAGUUUUGAAGUUGGACGUGCUUGUCUUGGUCGUCCACACUGCUGAAUACUCUGCCAGACUGCCUGCCACAGGGAAGUUCUUCCUUCCCACCGCCCUCUUCCCUCUUUCGUCGAUGUACAUCUGCUUCAAGGUGGGGCUGGAGGGGAUUGGCAAGGGAGGGAUGGGAAAAUAAAUGCACGAUGAAGUGUUCGGUUGCCUUUUGGGGGCCAGAACAAGUUAAGGAACUCUCGCACGGGGACGCGAAACCGUUCCCGGGUAUUGUUGACAGGCGGACCGUCAACCAUCCCCAGUGUGAACCAGACUUUGCCCAAGCGCUUAAUCUACGCUACCGUUAUGCUUAUUCUGGCCCUGCGAUCACCGCCCUGAUCUCUCCUUCCUCUGAACCAUGGAUGUUCAACACUUUGGUUUCGUGGUUUUUUGUGCCCCCCUGGCACGAUGGGAACUCGCGGUCGGUCCCGCUGAGGUUUUUGGUUGAGGAAGAUCAAUUGACUAGCUUGAUCCGACUUUCCUUCAUGACAAUUGCGUUGUUGAACAACAAGAACAACAAGAACAUCAUCAUCACGACAAACAAACACUUGCGAUUGCAGGAUUUCCUCAGAUCCUCACGAAUUACGAUAACCCAGACCUAUCAGAUGGCCCAGGUCGGUCAAAGUCCAACUCCUACCCCUAUAGGGAAGUGGACAAGGGAAAAGAUCUGACCUGACUGACAGAUCAUCUCGGGAAACCGAGAUAUCACGCCAGCUAAGACGCCUCUCACAGCAGCGAUCCAAUUAUUUAUCAUCGAGACGUUGGGGGUCCGAGACUUCUGUCCAAAGUACGGAGGGACGACUCUGCUUCUUUC